GGCGGGCCUAGCAGUGGCCUUUGGGACAGGGGCUCCCAACAUGUCCGCGCUGCUGGCGGCGCUGAGAGUGCGCGAGCGGGUGGCGACAACGACCGGCGACGGCCAGCGCGGGGCGGCCCGUGCCUGAGGCCGAGCUAGGCCCGCCUUCACCCGGUCCAGGCAUUGCAGGGCUGCCUGUGGCCUGGACGUCGGAGAACGUCGGUGCUCGUCUACCGACAGGCUCACAGGCCCUUCUUUAUUCAUCCCUAAUAUACAAGGAAGAGUCUUUAAAGUGAAUCUCUAUCAGAAGGACAAAGAUCUGGAAGAAAUUUGUACUACUACAUUCAAGGAAGUACCAAAAUAGAGCAGAUGUUGUGUCCUGUACUUUUAUCUCACCAUUUUGCAAGUCAUUCUGUUACGUGCUUCUUGGCAGCAGGAAUGUAAACUAAUUCUUUAAGCACUGAACUAGAAACUUGACGAGAUUGCAAUUACAGGUUCACUAUCGCAUAAACAUGGGUGCAUUUUUGGAUAAACCAAAAACUGAAAAGCAUAAUGCUCAUGGUUCAGGGAACGGCUUGCGUUACGGCCUCAGCAGUAUGCAGGGAUGGAGAGUGGAAAUGGAAGAUGCUCACACGGCUGUUGUAGGUAUUCCCCAUGGCUUAGAGGACUGGUCUUUUUUUGCUGUCUACGAUGGCCACGCAGGAUCUCGUGUUGCAAAUUAUUGCUCCACGCACUUGUUAGAACACAUCACUAACAAUGAAGACUUUAGGGCGACAGAAAAACCUGGCUCUGCUCUUGAACCUUCAGUGGAAAAUGUCAAGAGUGGAAUCAGAACUGGCUUUUUGAAAAUUGAUGAGUAUAUGCGCAAUUUCUCAGACCUCAGAAACGGAAUGGACAGAAGUGGCUCAACAGCAGUGGGAGUUAUGAUUUCACCUGAGCAUGUAUACUUUAUCAAUUGUGGUGAUUCACGUGCUGUUCUCUAUAGGAAUGGACAAGUCUGUUUUUCAACACAGGAUCACAAGCCUUGCAACCCAAGGGAGAAAGAGCGAAUCCAGAAUGCAGGAGGCAGUGUAAUGAUUCAGCGUGUUAAUGGUUCAUUGGCAGUUUCUCGAGCUCUGGGGGACUAUGACUACAAAUGUGUUGAUGGUAAAGGCCCUACAGAACAGCUUGUUUCUCCAGAGCCUGAGGUUUGUGAAAUUUUAAGGGCAGAAGAAGAUGAGUUUAUUAUCUUGGCUUGUGAUGGAAUCUGGGAUGUAAUGAGCAAUGAAGAGCUCUGUGAAUUUGUUAAGUCUAGACUUGAAGUAUCAGAUGACCUGGAAAAAGUAUGCAAUUGGGUAGUGGACACUUGUUUACAUAAGGGGAGUCGUGAUAAUAUGAGUAUUGUACUAGUUUGUUUUUCAAAUGCUCCUAAGGUCUCAGAUGAGGCAGUGAAAAAAGAUGCUGAGUUGGAUAAGUAUUUGGAAUCAAGGGUUGAAGAAAUAAUGGAGAAAUCGGGUGAAGAAGGAAUGCCUGAUCUUGCUCAUGUUAUUCGUAUUUUAACUGCGGAGAAUAUCCCUAAUUUACCACCAGGAGGUGGUUUAGCCGGCAAGCGUAAUAUUAUUGAAGCUGUGUAUAGUAGGCUGAAUCCACACAGAGAGAAUGAGGGGGACCCUGGCGAAGCCGAGGAAAGUGGAACGCAGGGAAAAUUGGUGGAAGCGCUCAGGCAAAUGAGAAUUAAUCAUAGGGGGAACUACCGCCACCUCCUGGAAGAGAUGCUGACUAGUUACAGGCUAGCUAAGAUACAGGGAGAAGAGUGCCCUGCUGAAUCAGCUGCAGCAUCUGCUUCAGAUACUCGUGCUGGACCCAGUUACCCUGUACCAGACACCCACACAGAAUCUGAGAAUCACCUUGCUGAAAUGCAGAGCUCAAACGAAGAUUCAGGGAUGAAUGAGAUGAGUGAUAAACAGACGUAAUGUUUUACACAGUGGAUUUAAUGCUUCGCUUCACUUGAUGUAUUUUCCUUUGUUUAUAUAUCAGCAUUUGUCACUUCUACCUUAGAAGUCUCUUUGGUUUUGCUUUAGUUAUUUGUACAGAUUGUUUAUACGAAGCUCUUUUUUUCCCUUAGACAUUCAACUACUAUAUUAAUUGCCUCUAUUGUAUAGCAAGCAAUUAAAUUAUCUUUCUAGAUCUUGUGUUUUUUAAAUCCUGUCACACCAACAAUUGGUAUCUGCCAUGCUGAUGGAAAAAAAUCUGAACUUUUAAAGUAUAUUCUUAAAUAAUAAUUUUGAUGGUAUAUGUUUGUUGAAUGUGAAGUAAUUUGCAUCUUAAUUGUCUCUGUUGUGCAAAUUAAGGGAAUAAUAGAUUCUUUUUUUUUCCUCCAUUACAUCAUAUGCUGCAUGUUUGUGUUUGAACUGUGUAUGGUUUAUAUUACAACUCAAUUACAAAAGCUAUUACUUAUUAGGUUGUUCCUUAUUCUUCAUGAAAUGUAUUUGACUUUCUUUCCAAUCCAGAUUGUAUCUCCUGUUCAUCAUAAAUACCAGUUUUCUAGAUGACUGUAUUAUUUCCCAAGUUGUAGGAUAACGUAUAUCCAGAAAUGAAAAUGUACUUAGAUUUAGUACCCAGUGUCAAGUUCUAAGAAUUUGUGUUCAAGUGAAAAUAAAGAAUAUGCUGUGAAUAAUAUGUGUAUGCAUAUUGACUCUUCUAAGCAAGUAAUAAACUUCUUUUGAAAUGCUAUCUUUCUGAUGUGACUUGCAACUUUUCAUAGCUUCUGAUAUUAACUUGUGAAUGCUCAUUAACCUCUACAAAUAUUUGAGUAAUUUUGGGCUUGGCGCAUUCAUCAUGAUCUUCUCCUUGGGCAAUAUUUCUCAGGUUCACGUUAAGCAUCAGUCAUAUAAAUGAAUAAACUGGCUCUUCUACCUAAUCUUACCAUCUACCAAGUCUUUUCCCUGUCUUUUGGUGUACAACACAUGUAUGUAUGUGCAUUUGGGUGUAUCAGUGAUUAAUACUGGGAAUUUACAGUGGUGGUAACUAAUCUGCUAAUUCUUGUGACAGUGGUUGGCUCAUAAUAGAGCACGCGCACAAAAAUAUUGUUCAGAGUAGGUGCAGAUCUCACUGCCUUAAUGAAAAAGAGCCAAAGGGAAUUUAUUGUGGACCAGGAAUACCUGAAGAGCUGAGUUCUUAGUAUUUUAUAGACGUUGUUUAUUAGUCCAUAAACGUAGACUCGAUUAAUAGGUACAAUUUAGUACAAUUUUAGAUGAUACUUGGUUUUAAGUAUGCCACAGUAGCUUUCCCGGGUUCGUAUUUUGGAAAAGUAAAUUGCUUCAUGAAGUUGAGGAGCAGAGAGUGUUUGUGUAGAGAGGUG